AUGGGGUGCAGGUGCUGUAAAAUGAUACACAGCUAUCUUUUCGAUCCAGUGCAAGUGCCCUCCCCUGGCUAUGUCAAUGAAGUGAGCAGUUGCAAGGUAGAUGAAGAAGACACUGUUAAAUUCAAAGAUAAACAGAGCAGCAAAGUUCUGGUGCAUAAAAAUGAUCUUCAAAAUGAGGGCCUGAAGAGAACUGAGAGCCUAAACAGAACGGCUAAUUCCCAGGAGCCCUGCUGGCCUCCCCAAGGACCUCUCCCUCAGGGAGACCCAGGAGGGAACCACUGUGUGGAGAAGACUGAUGGUGCCGUCAAUGGUGUUGGGCCCACUGCUGCUCUGCAGCCUACAGGGAAUCCCAGGCCCCAGGACAAUGACAGGGACUCCAUGGCCAGUACUGCAAAUGACGUCCACCCAACUCUUCCCUUCCUUGAAGGAGGGGAUGCCAGGAAACAGGAUUGUGUGCUGCCAGUUUCAGAAGAGACCCAAGUCAUCCAAAAUGGAGACUCCAGAGCUCCUUCCAAGACAGAAAGUCAUACCUUGGACAUACAAGACCAUAUCUUACAGAUACCAGCUCCAGAUUACCCUCAAUUUUGGGGCUCAGCAGUAGGCAACGUUGAUCAUGAAGGAAAGGAUUAUCUUUUCCAGAACCAUACUGACAAUGAGUGCCUGGAAAAAAUGUUCUUUCCUGGCAUGCCUAUGCCCUCUACGAAGAGAAGUUGGGAUUCAGUAAAUGAGGGUGUGGCAACAGAAGUUUUAAAUGGCUGCUUUAAAGAGGAGGAUCCUGCUCAUGCCAUGCCUGCAGUCAAUGUAAGAACUGGGCAGGAGGGUGUUCAUGGCUGCAGUGGAGGCAGGGAUGGAGAGAUGGUGGAUGAGGACGCAGCAGUGGCAGAAGCCCUUGCGGCUUUGGAAGCUGCUACUGCGGGAGAAGAUAUGGAUGAGGUGUAUUAG